GCAGAGGCUGUCUUGUUUUUUACGCGCACUUCUUCCCCCCCCACGUCUUUCACUCUCACACACACGGAGCACUAAAUCCACCCUCUCACCUUUAUAGUUUUAGCGCGCGGUCUUGUAUAUUUAUUUCACUCCCCUAUUUCCUCCCUUUUUUCAUGAAUGAUUCUCUCUAGCAAUACUUGCAAGAUAUCCUCGGACACCUCGCCGUCCUCGUCCGCACGACCUCACCACCUCGGCACCUCUUCGCCCCUGAAGUUCAGACGGCACCAGGACUUCCACUGCAGCUUCAGACGCACUUGGGGGAAAUAUCAGUCGACGAGGAAAAGCUUGAUACUUUGUGCAGCAGCAGCUGAAGCCGCAGAAGCGACCGCCGACAUGAGUCUGAAAGCUGACGCAGAGCCGAACAACAACGUCUCCAUCGAGGAAGAGGUGCGAACGCUGUUCGUCAGCGGCCUCCCGGUCGAUAUCAAACCACGGGAACUUUACCUUCUCUUCAGACCUUUCAAGGGUUAUGAAGGGUCACUGAUUAAGUUAACAUCAAAACAGCCUGUCGGGUUUGUAACCUUUGACAGUCGCACUGGAGCUGAAGCUGCCAAAAAUUCCCUAAAUGGAAUCCGUUUUGACCCCGAAAGUCCCCAGACCCUGCGCUUAGAGUUUGCUAAAGCCAACACGAAGAUGGCAAAGAGUAAGCUGAUGGCCACCCCGAACCCCACAAAUAUCCACCCUGCUCUAGGAGCACACUUCAUUGCACGGGACCCAUAUGAUCUGACAGGGGCGGCGCUGAUCCCAGCGUCCCCGGACGCCUGGACUCCCUAUCCCCUGUACACCACGGAGCUGGCCCCAGGCCUCCCUCACGCAGCCUUCACGUACCCGGCAGCUGCUGCCGCUGCUGCAGCCCUCCACGCCCAGAUGCGCUGGUACCCUACGCCCUCUGAGACUGCCCAGCCUGGAUGGAAGUCCCGGCAAUUUUGUUAGAUAUUUAGCCUCUGGAAACCACACCUUUCUGUCCAGCUGAAGGGAGGUUUGCCACGCUCUUCAUUAAUUAAUUUAAUCAGGUUUAUUUAAUGGACAAAUGUGCAUUAUAAACAGUAUUUAUAUCUCCUCCCGAUUGUCUCUGGGGGGAGUCUGAGUUUAAACCAUCUUGCUGUCGACAAUCUGAGCUUAUCCUUGGCAGCUACUGCGGUACCAUCUUAGCACUUCAAAUAAAAAAUUAAUUAAAAAAAGAACCUCAUGCAAAAAGCAGAGUCAAAACUUCAUAGAUCUUUAUUGCUGAGGAAAAUUGACGCAUUGAAGUUGUUGUUGAGCUAGUCCUUGAAUGGGGUCACCGCUGCUCCCGAGAGGUUUAGAAGCGUUAAGAGUCAUUGCAUGUUAGUCUUUAUGGCAUGAAUUUAGAACGCAGAGUUCUGUGUAUCCUAAUUUUCUUAGUUUGUGUUGCCUCUUUACCUUUUUUUGGCCUAGACAGCGAAAAUGUUUUGUUUCCCUGUAGAACCUUGGUCUUACCUCUGUGAAAGCUAGGCUGUUGUGGCUUAUCUCGCAUGGACCUCGUGAAUGCAUCCCUAUGUUCUAUAUGACAACCCCGUGUACUUACGAUCAUAUCGGUGUCUGUCUUUAUUUGAGCAAAGGAAAGUACAAGUAUUUUUGUACUUUUUUGC